AUGGUACACCUUGACCACGCUCUUUGCAUCGCUCUCAAGCCACGCAGCGGGCAUCCUUGGCUUCGUGGGCUUCCAGAAGAUCGUGGUUGCCAGGAUCGUCUCCACCAGCCAGCCGAGGGCCAACUGGUCGGCGCCCAACUUCCUCCUGCUCACCAGCAUCGCCAUUUCCAUCACGGCCAUUUUUGCAAGCCUCGUGUUCAUGGGCGUGGACUACCUGCGCCGCCUGGCAAUCGACGGCGCACGUAG